AUGUCCAUCGCCCGCGGCAUCCAGUCCGCCAUAUUCUUCUACCUUUCCUGUGCGCCAUGUGUGGGCAUGGCCACCCAGCGCCGGAUGAAGAGGGAAGCCCGCCGUGACCGCAUCGAAAAGGCCGCCUUGCAGCUCGAGUCGCCAGACGCCUACCGCCAUCCUGACCCCUCGUCGACAAAUCCACACUGGGACGAGGAGAUUGCAUUGGGACCGGGCCCACCACCGCGAGGAAAGAGGAAGAACAAGCGGAACAUCGGGACGGCUGGCACACAAGGGUCUGCAAGAAGCCGAGUGAACAGCGACUUUGAUGGAGAUGGGGUGGCUGGUAUCGAGAUGAGCGUGUCACCCGGCGCCUCGAACACUUCGUUGGACGGCCGCUGGGACACACGCAGAGACGAAAGGGAAGAUGACGAUACGUGGGGCGUCGAGACGAUCAGUUCAAGAGGUGGCAUAAGGCUGUCGAGUAGCGCAGGCUCUGCCACAGGCUUAGUCCCUCUCAGCAGGCCCAGUACAGGACGGUCGGCUAGCGACAGCUACUACACCCCGCGCCCGCCGCCGGUCAACGAAUACCACCCUCCCGUCGUUAGCGCAAUAUCCUCCAACGCUGGCGCUAACAGUUGGAUGCUCGCGCCGCCACCAAGCGCAAAGGUUAUGAGCGGGAAGAAGAAGACGUCCCCCAGCAGCAGAAGUGGGAGUCGUGCGAGCAGUCGCGGAAAUACUAGCUUGCGACGAGAAGUGAGCCAGAGGGGAAUCGCGGAGAAGAUCAAGAGGGGGGAGACUCCGGAGGUGCCUCCAGGCUCAAGGGGCAGCGCGUAUGUCAGGGACUCCAAGUCGACGCACGGGAGCCCAAAGACUGCCUUGUCUCCAUCUUCGUCCGCCAAGAAGUCCAGCCAUGAGCGCAGGUCCGUUGCGGAAGACUCGGAUGCUUCAGACGACAGUCUCCCGCGUGACAAGAGACAUGACUCGGGCAACCAUCUUGCUCUCAUCUCGCCGAACGUCGAACGUGGAUCCCCAAAACACAACAAGGCCGUGAGGCAGAGACUAUCGACAGUGCAUUCAGGAGAGACCUUGGUCAAGCGACCAAACACGGUCCGAGCGUCGACGCAUAUGGAUCUCAAAACCUCCGUGCUGCAUAAGGAGAACAUUAGCGAGCUCCCUGUGAGAUCCAAAACAACCAGAGUCAUCAAGAAGCCCGAACCUCUGGUGAUCCGCGAUAGCUCUCUUAACCUCCUGCAAGAACUUGUCUCUCCCAACGCUCUACUUAACUCUCAAUUCGUCAAAUCCCCUACUCUGGAAGCCAGGAUACAAUUACCACCGACAAACUCUACGGAAGAACUCCAACUCCGGUCGCUCAGUCCGUGGUUUCCUUCCGAUGACUUCAUAGUAGCCGCCGAUGAUUCCGGCUCAGACUACUCGAAAAAUGCUCGUCUCAGGUGGAGCAUGGAUAUCUGA